CUCUCACCCACUCCCUCUUGUUUACUAGAGCUCCCAUUGCUGCUUAUACACACAAAGAUUUCGCACUUUUUCCUCUUUAGUUUCCCUUGGCAUCUUCUCUUCCAGUAAUUCUAGAAUUGCAUUGCAUGUGCCUCACGAACUUAUGCUAACAGGAUACGCUUGUUGACGUGUGAGCGCACGCAUCUUCAACCAUGGUGUCUGAGGACACCGCCCCAGGCAGGGCCACGGGCAGGGCUCGUGGUCGCGGUCGCGGGCGCGGUCGUGGUCGGGGCAGGGGGGGCAGGGGAGGUGCUUCUGCCGUUGAAGAAGGCACUAUCAGCUCGAGUACGACCGCCACCAACUCUCCCGAUCUCGAUCGCAUGCCGACACCGACAUCAGCACCUACAAUGGCCCAGCCACGUCCAGCUCCCACUGCUUCCAUUGCUCCUCCUCCUCCUUCCGAGGCCCAGAACCCCAGAACUACAACUCCAAGCACGUCGCAACAACCCACCACGUCGAGUACAAGGGGUACCCUGGUCCCGAAGCCAAGCAGGGGCCCCGGUGUUGGUCGCUUCAGGCCCAAGAAUAUCCGGAGAGACGAAGCGUCACGAGAUAUCCUCGCACAGCAGGAAUAUAGCAAAGAGCAGGCGAGGAUUAAGGAGGAGGCGCGCCUGCAAGCGCGGUCCAGGGGCCGCAGCCGAAGAAGUCGAGGCGAUGCAAUGGGAAGAGGCGGGAUGAAUCGGCAGAACGUCACCAGCGGGCCGUUCUCCCAGUUCCGCGAAGGCGCCGCAAGUCGAUCCGGUGGUAGAGGUGGUUUUGGCAGUAUCGGCGGCGGGGGUUCUGGUUCUGGAUCCGGUUCCGGCGGUUCCGGCUACGGAGUCAAAUCCGAAGGGAAACCGGACUUCGGGUCCACGUCUCAUUAUCGUGGGGAGGCACGUAUCAACGCGGACAGGUUCGCAGGUGUUCCCCCCGACCACGAGAUUGAUUCCGAAGACGAGGCGACCGCUGCCAUCAUCGAAGCAGACCCCGAAACGCAUUGGCCUCUGGGGAUCCUCCGAGUGGACCGGAAAGAAGAGAAGAAAGAGCUGACCACCACGGCCGAACUCGAAGCGAAAGAACAAGCCCAGGGCAAGGAAGAUCUGUGGGUAGAGGGCGACGUGAAGACGGGACCCAUGCCUGCCACGGCUGACGAUGGCGGUGUCUGGCAUGCUGCGCCGAAGGACGUGGUUCGCGUCAAGACCGAGCCAGGCAUAGAAGGCGGUUUGCAGAUGGAGGCUGUCGACUUUGAUGCCCACAGCAAAGCCAAGCAGCCUGAAGUCGAAGUCCAAGUCGACUACUCGAAGAAAGCAGUAUCCCCCGCCAUUGCAGGGACGACGACCGAGCUCAGCCUGAGGAUGAAGCCAGCCGCGGAUCCGGAGGAAGAAGUAGCAAUGGCCAGCAAGAGGCUAUUGCUGAGCGAACUAGGACCCUUAGAUGAUGGCAGGCCAGCAAACAAGGAUGGGCGGCUCUAUCUUUUCCAGUUCCCACCGAUCAUGCCUCCCCUGAAGCCUCAGGCCGCGACUCCCGAUGCGCAGGCCGGGUCGGAAGACGCGACCAUGCUAGACCAGUCCGCGAACGGUGGAAUUGGGAACGAGGUCCUCGUCAAGACGGAAGAAGACGUCAAGCCUGAUCUCCGCUCGGGCCAAAAGCCCAAAACAACCAUCCUGGACAUGGCGGAGGACAUCCCCAAUGGCGGCGUGAUAGGCAAGCUCAACGUGCGCCAGUCUGGCGCGGUCGAACUGGACUGGGGCGGGAUGAAGAUGUCCCUGGGGCCAUCGACGGGAGUCAACUUCCUCACGACGGCCGUCAUUAUGGACAUGGACGAGUGGAAUGAGGAGCGGCGGCAGGGCGAGUAUGGCGGCGAGGCUUACGGCAUGGGCAAAAUCAUGGGCCGCUUCGUGGUAGCACCGAUCUGGGGCGAAGAGGAGCCUUGGAUCAUUGACCCCGAAGACCUUGUAGUCGAUGAGGAGGCACAAUGAGAGCCUUCUUGCUAUGGUCUGGCCCGUUGAUUGUAGAUUAUAAGUACGAAGCCCCGCCAGAUGAACAGAGGGAGGGUCAACAUUGACGUUUCGUUCCAAAAGGCCUGGGAAAAAAAGGAUGAGAAU